UGUGUUCUUCUAUCGCUUCAGCACCGCGUGCGCGACGACAAGAUGCCUCUGGCUCACAUCGCCAUUGCAGUGGAGGCAGUUGGAUGGUCACACCCGGACACCAUCCCCCUCAUGGUGGCUAACACACUCAUCGGGAACUGGGACCGCUCGUUUGGUGGAGGCGUGAAUCUGUCCAGUAAACUGGCUCAGAUGGCCUGUCAGGGGAACCUGUGCCACAGCUUCCAGUCCUUCAACACGUGCUACACAGACACGGGCCUGUGGGGGCUCUACAUGGUGUGCGAGCCCGGCACCAUCAGCGACAUGAUGCACUUCACUCAGAUGGAAUGGAUGUCUCUUUGCACGAGUGUGACGGAGAGCGAGGUGGCACGGGCCAAAAACCUGCUCAAGACCAACAUGCUCCUGCAUCUGGACGGCUCCACCCCCAUCUGCGAGGACAUCGGCAGACAGAUGCUGUGCUACAGCCGCAGGAUCCCUCUACACGAGCUGGAGGCCAGAAUCGACGCUAUCGAUGCUGCGACCAUUAAGGACGUGUGCACCAAAUACAUCUACAAUAAGGCUCCAGCCAUCGCAGCAGUUGGUACGUUGUUUUUUUUUUCCUAAUGGUUUUGAAGUAAACAAAUAUUAGAAAAACUUACGCACAGUUUA